AUGUUUUUUUGGUUUUUUCCGGCUCAAAACGAAAAUAAAUCGGAUACACCAGUGAUGCUUUGGCUUCAAGGAGGACCCGGUGCAACAUCAUUAUUUGCUCUUUUUACAGAAAUUGGUCCUAUCUACAUUGAUAGGAGCGGUAAUUUACAAUUGCGUGAGAUUUCAUGGAACAAAUAUUAUCAUCUCCUCUUCAUUGAUAAUCCAGUUGGCACGGGCUACAGUUUUACACUGAACGAUCAAGGUUAUGCUCGAUCCCAAGACGAUAUAGCUCGCGAUCUAUACUCCGCUCUCACUCAAUUCUUUGAAAUCUAUACUGAUUAUGCUUCUAAUCCGUUCUUUGUUACUGGUGAAAGUUAUGCUGGUAAACAUGUACCAUCGAUUACAUAUAAAAUCUAUGUAGAAAAUCAAAAUCCACAAGUAAAAACACGAAUCAAUUUAAAAGGAAUGACUAUCGGUGAUGGAGUGUGUGAUCCAGUCAAUCAAUAUCAAUAUGGAGAAUUUCUAUACCAGAUUGGUCUGAUCGAUCAAACACAAAAAACCUAUGUUGAUUUGCAAACUGCAUUGAUGCGUUAUAAUAUUGAACAGAAAAAUUAUAUCGAAGCCUUUCAUCUCUUCGAUGCUCUUAUGAAUGGUGAUCUUAUAAAUACUACCUCUUAUUUUUAUAAUGUAACUGGCAUUAAAAAUUAUUUCAACUAUUUAACAACCAAUGAACCAGAAGAUCAAGGUUAUUUUAUUCCAUUUAUUACUCGACCAGAUCGACGAAAACAAAUUCAUGUCGGAAAUAUGUCUUAUACGAGUCAAAGUGAUAUUGUCGAACGUAUGUUACUAAACGAUCUACUCCAAAGUGUCGCCUGGAAAAUUGCGGCUAUAGCAAAUGCUAAUUAUAGUGUCAUGAUCUACAAUGGUCAAUUAGAUGCUAUCAUUCCUGUACCACUAACUAUGGCGUGGAUCGAUCAACUUGAAUGGUUCGGUGCUGAUGAAUUGCGUCAAGCUGAACGAAAAGUAUGGAAAAUUGACGAUACCGAUGUAGAAAUAGCCGGUUAUGUAAAAGCGGCGAAUAAAAAUCGAUUCUUUCUUGCUACGAUUCGCAAUGCAGGACAUAUGGUUCCCUACGAUCAACCAAGAGCUAUGCUUGAUCUUCUUCAACGUUUCUUAGCUGUUCAACCCAACAAACUAUAA